CACUGCGGUAUCUUAGCAACCAGAAUAACAGUUGAUACUGCUUCUUGGCAGGUGACUGGGGGAAUUUAACUAUCGAUAAAGCCUUCGCUAGAAACGAAAAACAAUCAUAGCUUCGGUGCAAAGCAGAUUGUCAAUCAGUCAUCAACAUGAGCCAAGUCGGGAACACGGAGGAAGAACUGGCGGAGGACAGGCCUUCCGUGGAGUCUGAAAACCGAGAGGAGAGAUUAGCCGCACGUCGUCUGCGUAUUGAGGAGAGGAACCGCAAAGCGCUUGCCGAUGACUCUGAGGAGGAGAAACAGAUCAAAGAAACCAGAGAGAGUCAGAAGCAGGUGGAGGAGAGCGAGGAGCGAAUGAUUAAACUCCAGCGAGAUGGGACGGACCUGCUGACAAACAUUCAAGUAGCAGCUGAUUUUAGGGAGUCCCAGAGGCGAAUGGAGGAGGACGAGGCCAGGAGGCAGAGAAUCGAGAAGCUGGAGAACGAGGUCAAGACGAGCCUGGAGAAGUUCGGGGAGAUCACGGAGAAGUGGACGGUGGCCCGGGCGAAGGAGAUCCCCCAGGACCUGCGGGACGCGCUGAUGAGGCAGCAGCAGCUGUGUGCCCUCCUCAUCGAGGACAAGAACAAGCUCAUCAACGACCUGCAGGAGGAGCUGAAAACUUGCGACAAUCUUUACGUGAAAGACCUGAAGAGACAGGGAGAGGAUGUGGACCUCAUGAUCGACAGGAUGGAGGAACAGAUAAAGAACCUGAUGAAGUCCUACAAGGAGGAAUAUGAGAAGAUUGAGAAUUCCUUUGAGAAGGAGCGCGCGGAGCUUCUGCACAGGAACCGCACGGAGUGGGAGCAGAAGAUGAAGGAACGCCGGGACAAGGAGGUGGAGUACCUGAUGCAGCGGAUGAAGAAGGUGGAGGAGAGUGAGAUGAUGCUGAACAAGCUGAGGCUGGACGACGCAGAAGAGUGCAACGCCAUCAAGACCAAACUGGACAACGAAGUGCAGGUCCUGCAGCAGCAGGUGCAGCAGAUGAAGGCCACGUAUCACCUGAACCAGGAGAAGCUGGAGUACAACCUGCACGUGCUGAAGAAGCGCGACGAGGAGAACACCAUCACCAAGACCCAGCAGAAGAGGAAGAUCACCAGGUGCUUCCUGUUAGUGUGGUUGUUGCUGGUGGGAAACAAGGAGUGCUUAGUGACUCGAGCUCUCAGGCUGCAGACAUGGGAAAUGCACUUCUCGGCGGUGGAUGCGCGCAAGUUCGAGGAGAUCUGGCUGAUGAACGAGGCGGAGGUGAAGGCGCUGGUGGAGCGGGCCCUGGAGAUGGACCGGCUGGUGCACGAGCAGUACCUGGGCCUGCCCUGGGAGCGGCCCUCCACCGCCUUCAUGGAGCGCUCGGGCCCCGUGGUGCCCCAGCUGCACCCCUCCAGCCCCGCCGCCCCCGGCCUGCCCGCCGCCCACGCCUCCUCCUCUUCCUCCUCUUCCUCGGAGGAGGAGGCCGCUGCCGCCCGGCCCGACGGCGUCUCCGUGGCAGCGGUCAAGAGGAUUCUGGAACUGCUGUGCGACGAGGCGGGUUUUCUGAUUGAUAGUAAGGUUGUGAAGCUCCUGGCUCCGUUGGACAAAGAUGAGAAGAAUCUUAUGAAGCUUGACAUUAUCCUCUCGUCUAUUGGGAUCGAAAGAGAAGAGGAUAUGUACAAGCUGGCGGAGUUCUUCAAGAAGUAUGGACAACAGCGGAAGAACCGCGAGACCACUCCAGAGGAGGAGGCGGAGCUUGAGGCAGAGGGCGCUAUGGCAGAGGGCAGCCAGCAGGGGGAGUCUGCCUCCAGCGGCCACACCUGGGAGCUCAUUCACCCCAACGACGUCCUGGGAGCACUGCGGGCAUUUACUGCGGAACACUGCAAGCCCAGAGAGACCAAGCAGCAGUCCAAGAUCCUGAGCCUGGACGACAGGGACGAGUCGGAGGACGGGAUGUUCUGGGAGUCGGCCGCCAACAUCAUCCCCGAGGCCAAGCUGAAGCUGUGGGACACGCUGGAGACCGCGCUGGAGAAGUACCACGGGGUGCUGAACGAGAGGGCCCAGCUGCUGGAGGACACGCAGCACCUGAAGGUGCAGAACGAGGAAAUGAGACAGCUGCUCCGCAAACACUGCAACUCCAAGAUCAACAGCGAAUUACUGAUCCCGCCGACGAAGAUGAUUCAGAUUUCGCCCGAGUGACGUCAUCACUGAGUGAACGCGUGAAAUUCCUACCAACGACUGCCGAUUAAAAAUGGAGGGAAAGAAGGCUUGUGUUCAACUUGUAAUAUUUCAAGUCUGUUUGAAUCUGUUUUUUACAAACAAAAGUGACAAAAAAUACAAUAAAUUGGAAAAAUGA